AUGUUUGACACAAGUUUGCAAAUACCAAACACCAACUCAAAAAAUGAUGUGCAAAUGUUUCCAGUGUUAUUUCUAAUCAAAACUAGUGACACACAUUAUAAAGUCAGAUUCUUAUCUGAGUAAGUUGAACUGGGCGUGAUGUACAAAAAGUAUUUUUGGAUCAUUAGCUUCUUCUCCUGUCUUACAGCAGCUGAAACAGGGUUGUGCAAUCCCAUUCAGAGGCGAGCUGGAGAUAGUGUUACCCUGCCAUGCAAAUACACCUCAAGAUCAUACCAGAAUGGCUUCUUGGACAUUGAGUGGGCACUCAGAAGCACAAACAUGAAUGAGUCAGAUAAGUUGAUCUUAACACUCUCAGGUGGAAGGGUUUACGUGACUGAUGGUUGGCAGCAGAGAAUCACCUUUCUUUCCAGCAAUGGCACCAAGGGAGAUGCUUCACUGCAUUUUAUGGCAUUGGCUGUGAAUGACAGUGGAAUCUACAACUGUAAAGUGAAGGCGAAAGGUCAGAUCUAUCAAACAGCUUGUAAUUUGACUGUACAAGAUAAUCAGAAUGCUACAGAAGUCACAUCUGUCCCUUCAACAAACCAGGAAACUCAACAUGAGCUAUGGACUGUGCAACAGAACAACACAAAUACAGGCGAAAAUUCAACUUCACCAACAAAAGGUGACACAAAUACAUCCUUCCACAUAAUAUAUGUUGGAAUUGGGUUUGGCAUUUCUGGAUUCAUCAUUAUGCUCAUCGUAAUAAUUACAUGUUUAAAACACAAACCAAGUGCUGCAUGUCUACACAGAUCUAGGGCAGUGAUGAAUACUGCACAACAAUCAGAAGAAUUCUCAUUUCAGGGAAACCUGCAGAACAGCACUGUCCGGGUAUCUGUUGAAGAUAUUGUUUACUCCAUUGUACAGCAAACCAGAAAAAACAAUUCAACGUCUACAGCACAUGCUCAAGAUCAGGAUAUUGUACAUUCCAAAAUCCAGAUACUCAAUGAAGUACAGAACUGUAAUGAAAAUAUUAUCUAUGCUCCAGUACUGAAUAAGGAAACAGCAUCUCGGUUGACACAGUAAUGCAACAGAAUCCAGACGCUGUCUAUGCCAAAUUCAAAAAAUCCAAUGUGGCUUCAGUGUGACACAGCAAGGAAGCACAAUCCAGACUUCGUAACAACACGAUUGACUGUUGCAGAGCAAAAUAACCAAUUUCAACAAAAUGUCUCAUGAUAAAAUUCAUCCAUUUGCGAAAUGAGAAUGAUCUGCAGAUAAUUUAACUUGGUGACGUUUGUAAUUAGAGUCAUAAUUAUGAACUCACAGCCAAGUGUAGAUUUGCGAGGCAACAGAGGGAAAUGUGGGAUAGCUCUUUCAAACGACGUACACUGCCACAAUGGGCCGAAUGGCCUCCUUUUGUGUUAUAUCAUUCCAUGUUGACCAAAGCUGAUUUGCAGAAACAUUGCCCCACAGAAGGGCAGAGUGUGAGUUUUUCACAACAUGUUUUGCAAUCAUUGGGUGAGCCUGAAUAAAGUUUCCCAAUAUUUGAUUCUGCCCAUACAGUGCUCUGUCAGGAGCUGUCAUCAGCUGGAAAAUUGUUAUUCAGACAUUGUGGAUAGAUUUGUGCUUCAGUUGAAUGAGGUGCCACAUUAAAAAUACAAAUUUGCAAAAUUUACUCAACUGAAUGCAAGUUUGAAUGAACACAUAAUGCCUCAAACUACAUUAAUCGAACUAUGGCACCUCGAUGAAUCGUUGCAGUGGGAUUGACUUGAGUGUAUUAGCCUUUAUCAUAUACUGUAUACAUAUAAGAAUUUCUUACCAUUUUCAGUCAAUAACGCGUGCAAAAUAAACUUAAUGGAUUGAAAGUUUCUCCAAGAAAAUACUGUCAAAAAGUCCAUAAAAAUUAA